AUGGACAAGCGCGGAAGAAGUGGCGUUGAUCGGCGCUCAAAUCAUUUCCGCGCUGGCUUUUGCCACUCAAGGGACAUCGCGCAUCUGGAUGUCAAGCCGCAAAAUGUGUUCAUAAAAGGCGAUGGCAUCACUAUCCGGGUCGGCGAUUUCGGAAGCGUCAUGCAACUGAGGUCAAUCGAGGCGACAAUUCAAGGAACAAGCACUGAGGGAGUCAAGAAUACGCUGAUUUACACCCCUCCAGAGUCGUUUACCGAAGCUCUUAGAAGAUCAGCCCGCCUAGAUGUUUGGGGAUUCGGCCACAUUAUUCAAGAACUUUUGACUUUUGAGCACGCUUUUGCCGAGUUGAUGGAAGACCAACUAAAAUUCAACCCAAAAUCGUUCAAAACAUUUGCGAAAACAAACGAACAAAAAUCGCCGAAAUCCGCGGCGAAAACGAAGAAAUGCGAUCUUUUGCGAGUUUUGGAGCGAAUCGAAAGCGGCGAAGCUCCAAAUGAAAUCAUUGCUCCUCCGGAAGAAAUCAUCAGGAGACUGAGGGAAACCAAUCAGCAGCAGGAGAGUUUGAUUGAGGCGCAGAAGAGGAGGAUAAGCGAGCUGGAAGCGAAACUUGAGAAAAAUCAAAAUAGAAAGAGGAAAAUUCGGGAACUCAAGCAAAUUUGUGAAGAACAACAAGAAAAUGAACAGAAAUUCCUCGCCGAGAUCGCAAAUUUGAAGCAAAAAGAGAAUUUCGAAAAUCUCUCCGCGAAGUUUUUGUAUAGUCAGAAGUUGGAGGUCGCGGAGAAUGGAUGGAAUCUCAAGUUCCAAGGUGGUCAUAUUUAUAAAGGAGAUGGUUGGCAUCAUCUCUGGAUCGGAAGCAAAGACGGCGGAGUUCGAUUCAAAGCCGUGGUGCAGGAGAUUAAUGUUGAAAAUGGAGACGAGCUGAGCAGAGGAGAAGUCACAAGCGAGCCGGAUGGACAGAAGCAGAAAAUCAAAUACAAGUACGGUCACUUGGCAUAUAAAGAUGGAAAGUACGCGAACAUCGAUGUUGGGCAAUUUGAAACGAACCAGGGAGUGACGACCGCUUUGGAUACCGCGACGGGAGAGACUGUCAUCGUCAAGGCGAUUUUGCUCCAAAACGCAAGCCACUGGAAAAGCACGCAGCAUGAAGCAGCGACUCUUCGGGAGCUAGAUCACGCGAAUGUGGUCCGCUUUGUCGACUUCCUCGAUCGACAAACUCCGGACUGGGCCGAGUUCGGAGCGAUGAGCUUCAUCAUCAUGGAGUACUGCGCUGGCGGCAGUCUCGUCGACUGGAUCGAGAAGAUGAAACAAGCCGCGCGACGAACAACGCUGGACGAGGCGAGAAUCAUCGCAGCUCAAAUGAUCUCAGGGCUGAGCUACUGCCACGGAAGAAAUAAGGUCCAUCUCGACCUCAAACCCGCAAAUAUAUUUGUGGCCCGAGACUAUAUCACGGUGAAAAUCGGCGACUUCGGAAGCGCCCAUUCAGUCCGGUCGGUGGAGGCUUCAUUGACGACUUCAAGUGGCGAUGGAAUCAAAUGCACGCCCUUGUAUGCAGCUCCAGAAAUGCACAAGAAGGAAGAGGAGGCAAAAAAGUCCCCGCGUCUGGAUGUUUGGGGUUUCGCCUUGAUUUUACAGGAAGUCCUCACUUUGGAACAUCCUUUUGGCCGAGUCGAUGGUCAACCAGCGCUCACUGGAGAAAUAAUGGCGAACAUUCAAACUGGAAAACGGACGUCGCUGUUUGAAAUCUUCGGCGAAACGGACGAAGUUGAAGAGUUCGAAGUUCUUCUCGAAAAAUGCACAAAAGUUGAAAGGACCGAGAGGCCGAGAAAUACGAUUGAGCUGCGAAAUGAAGCUGUCUUCGUUGAUUUCUUGGAAAGAAUCGAAAGUGGAGAGCGAGCGAGCAGCAUUGUUCCCUCUCCAUUUCCAAUUGAAAAUGACGAACGAAAAGAGAUUUUCGAAAAACUCUCCGCGAAGUUUGGGAGUGGUAACUGGUUGGAGGUGGCGGAGAAUGGAUGGAAUCUCAAGUUCCAAGGUGGUUAUAAAGGAGAUGGUUGGCAUCAUCUCUGGAUCGGAAGCAAAGACGGCGGAGUUCGAUUCAAAGCCGUGGUGCAGGAGAUUGUUCGUUACAAUGGAAACGAGAUGAGCAGAGGAGAUGUUACAAGCGAGCCGGAUGGACAGAAGCAGAAAAUAAAAUACAAGUAUGGAGAUUAUGAGUACGGUUGUUAUGUAAGAUACAACAUCACUUUACUGUAA